AAAGCGGGCGCUGCUGAUGGCGGUGGCGGAGCAAACUCAGGAGCUGCACCGGAUUCAGAAGCUGAUGCAGAAUCGCCAGGAGGUGGCGGAGCAAACUGGGGCUCAGCAGCACCAGAAGCACCAUUUGCAGCAGACGAUGCUGACGCUGCACCAGAAGGGCAAGAACCGGAGGCUGAUGCACCGUUACCAGGAGGAGGAGGAGCAAAUAAAGGAGUCAGCCCUGCAGUGCCUCCAUUAACUCCACCGGGAGGAGGUGGAGCAAAUAGCGGAGUAAGUCCUGAUGUACCUCCACCAGGAGGAGGAGGAGCAAAUAGAGGAGUCAGAGCAGCAAGAGGAUUCAGUGCCGAUAUUGCUGAUGUUCCACCGCCAGUACAAACAGGAGCAUUGAAGGGACCACUUGCACCUGCGCAUAUUGAUGUCGAUGCCGGACAGCUUGGUGCAGGAGGUGAGCAAGGUUGGCAACAACUAUAA